AACAUUUAGCCGUCGCACACAAAGCUCCGGCGUUUCCGGCCAGCUCAGCGCGUCAAGCCCACUGCGGUGUUGUCAGUUCAACGGCCCCGUCGUCGGACGCUUCGCUUUUCGCCGUGACGUCCACCGGGUCGAGAGAGAGGAGACAUGGUGCUGCUGACGAUGAUCGCUCGGCUGGCCGACGGCCUUCCGCUGGCCGCCUCAAUGCAGGAGGACGAGCAGUUGGGUCGGGACCUUCAGCAGUAUCAGAGUCAAGCCAAGCAGCUCUUCAGGAAACUCAACGAUCAGAGUCCCGCCCGCUGCACUUUGGAGGCCGGUUCCAUGUCAUUUCACUAUGUCAUAGAGAAGGGAGUGUGCUAUCUGGUGCUGUGCGAAGCCAGCUUUGCCAAGAAGCUGGCCUUCGCUUACCUCGAAGACCUGCAGGCCGAGUUUCAUGAGCAGCACGGGAAGAAGGUCCCCACGGUGUCCCGGCCGUACUCCUUCAUUGAAUUCGACACCUACAUCCAAAAAACCAAGAAGUCGUACAUUGACAGCCGAGCGAGGAGGAACCUGGGCAGCAUCAACACGGAGCUCCAGGACGUCCAGAGGAUCAUGGUGGCCAACAUCGAGGAGGUGCUGCAGAGAGGAGAGGCUCUCUCCGCGCUGGACUCCAAGGCCAGCAACUUGUCCAGCCUCUCCAAGAAGUACCAGAGGGACGCCAAGUACCUGAACACCCGCUCCACCUACGCCAAGCUGGCCGCCGGCGGCGUGUUCUUCAUCAUGCUCAUCGUCUACGUGCGCUUCUGGUGGCUCUGAGGCCGAGAAUAGGGGAAAAGGGGGGGGGGGGCGGCGGCAUCGAGGUAGAGGACGAGUCUGCACACACUAAAAGCCGCACACACCUGCUCUUGAUGAGACUUUGCGGACACGGCACCGCCCGGCUGGUUCUCGCCCGUCCCGUGGACGUGCGAUCGGGGUUAUGAAUGAUUACGUAAUGUGGGUAACAAUGAUUCGACAAUGCGAUGGCAGUUGGAGCUGGAGGUGAGUGGAGGAUGGAGACUGCGUCGGUCCGUGGGUCGAUUGCUCUGUUUUUGUAGGUGGAUGGGGGGGGGGGGGGGCGUACUGUACCGUGACAGGACUGAUUUAGUUAUGCCGAUGACUAAUAACUACAGAAGCAAGUUUAAAAAAACCCAACUAUUUAUCCUGAGCACAUGAUUGGGGUUUCUGCACUCAAUAAUAUUAUCAUAGUAGUGAUCGCUAGACAGGCCGGAGCAAAGAUUUACUAGGGUUUAGAAAAGCUGGGAUAUUUCUCUUUUAGUGGAAUGUUUAGCAAAAAAAUAAUAAUUUUUAAUUAUGAAUAUAAGCCUUGAAAAAUGCAAAUUCCCCUUUGUGUAAUUUUGCAGCUUGUCUUUGGCUAUUUCGGGAAGUCCAUGACCCGUUAAGAGACUAAAGAAAAACUAUUACGCAGUCUAAAAAAAUGUUGAUUUUAUUAUUGCUGAAAGGAGGCUAGUCUAGUUUUUUUUUUUUUUGGGGGGGGGGGGGGGAGAGAGAGUUUAAAGAUUUAAAAUUCAGUUCAUUAAUAUGAAUGUAUAUACCGUGUUGUUCAGAGCAGAUGAUUAAUUGCCACUCCCUCUUUGUGUGAUGUAUUGUAACACAGCCAGUGUGAGGAUCCCCAAUAAUGCACCCCCCCCCCCCCCCCCUCCUCAGGUUAACGCUGUUAGCUCCACCCACACGGUCGUUGUUGUUGUUGUUGUUGUGUACACUACCAUCGCUGUCAGCUGCUUGCCGUCCGCUCCGCUGUCACCAUGUUGGGGCAGAUUCCUCAAUCACAGAUGCUC